AUGUUUUGCCAGCUUCGACCUUAUCUUGCUAAACGAACACCCCUCAGUUUGCGCCAUGCACGUCUGUUUUCUAUCAACCCGAAAUAUAUGGGUGCUGUUCGGGGUUGGGGCACAAUUGCGAACAUCGCAGCUGGAGCCUACAUUGGGGGUCUUUUUGUGUGUUUGGGCUCAUUGUAUUUCGUAUACUACGAUGCGGAAAGCAGACAGCAUAUUCCAUUUGAGUUGCCGUUUGGUGAACAGUACACGGCAGUGAAGGCGAUCAGCAAAGACGACGUACUUAAGAGCCCACGGUAUGCGGUAAAACACUAUCGCCGCUUAUUGAUUGACUUGGCCCUCCAAGCGGAUCCGGAAUUGCAAUUUUCAGAAACGUUGCCCGAUGGUCUGCGAAACUAUGCUGUUCCACUUUUAAGCUCGGACACUUUGGUGUACCAUAAAACUCCAGAGUUUGCCAACUUCUACAUUGAUAUGGUUCUUCGGUAUGCUAAAGCGUUGUUGGCAAAGGGCCAGCUCGAUACUUCUGUGGCCAUAUUGAAGCACAUUGUUGAUGACGACGAAAUAUUCUAUAAAUUGGGCGAUGCUGAGAGAAUGUCACAAUGCUGUCGUAUGUUGAGCAAAGUGAGCCUGGUGGAUGACGAAAAGUCAAAGUACUUGGAACGGGGCGUCAACAUGUUGGCACAGACAUUUCUGCUGGUGAAGUUGCAAGAUAAUUUGCUCCAGGAAGGUUCCCGGAUAACGGACGAGCUCAUUCUCGCAUUGAACGCAUUGGCCUUCACUUAUGCUCGCCAGUCUGCUAGUGCAAAGGGAAAAACCAAGCAACAACUCUUGUCAAAAUCGCUUAACAUAUACCUCGCCAAUUUGAAGAGUCUUUCGGAAAUCAAGCUGGCCAUUGACUCCGGUGAACGCACCCAGGCGUCAUUCCCGUUGUUCAAUUGCGAUCCGGAGAACUUACAAAUGACAUGCGCAGAAAUAAAAGCUCAUAUCAGUGAGAUCUUGUGGGCCAAGGGAUACAAGAAAAACGCGGUUGCAUGGGGUGAAGAGGUGGUGGAGGAGAUAUAUUUUGACCACAACAACGUAAGUCGGGCGUCGCCAAUCUUGCUCAAUGUGCUAGAUAAUUUGGCCACCAUGUAUGACCAACUCCAUGAUAAAAAGUCCAAACAGCGAUGCGAAGGCUUGAAGCAUGACUUGCAGCUUUUCGAAGGAGAGCAAAUGUCAUGGUACGAUAGUGUGGUGAACCGCUUCACAAAAAUCAUCUACUACAAAGGACCUCUUGGAAUCUUGGAAAAAGCACUAAAGGAGAGAUUUGGGCAGCCAGAACGCAUUCCAGAUAUUGAAGAGUACGAGGAUGAGGACGAAGAGGUGUAG